UCUUGCAUUGGACUCUUCUUGCAUUCUUUCGCACAGCAACAUACUCUACAUUUCUGAAGUCAUGGUGUCUCGUUCUUUGCGACCACAACAAUCGUCAUUUGUUGAAUUUGACCCCUCGAAUCCUUUGGAAUUUCUCUGCAAAGCAUUGGAUAUGGUGGCUCGAAGAAGCGACUUUCUUGAAAAUGACUCAGCGGAGAAGGAGAUUGUGUCCGCGCUGCGCAGAGCCAAAGAGACUGUGUUGAACGAAAAGAAGGCUGCAAUGGCUGAGAAGAAAGACAAGGAAGUGAAAACCUACGAAGACAAAACGAAGGAUGCAGUGGUUGAGAAGAAAGACAAGGAAGUGAAAACCUACGAAGAGAAAGAGAACCCUAGGCCAAACAGUGGCGUAGGUAUAGAUUUAGAAAAUUAUUCGUGGCAACAGACUCUUAAAGAGGUCAUAAUUCUUCUUCCUUUGCCUGCUGGAAUGAGUUAUGAAAAUGUUGACUUAUCCAUAAAGGAGAACCAUCUGAAAAUUGGAUUCCACGGUCAACCACCCAUUAUCGAUGGUGAGCUGUUUGCACCCCUCAUUGAAGAUGAAUGUUAUUGUUGCGAAGAUGAUCACGAUACAGUUUAUAUUCUUUUGACCAAGCAAAAUCAAUUGGAGUUGUGGAAAAGUGUGAUAAAGGGUGAUCCUGAACUCUUUAUCCCAACAUUUGAAACUCUGGGUCCUGAUUUUCCCGAUCCCGAUCCCGAAACUCGAAGGGAAAUCAAAAGAAUUAUGUUUGAGACGACACUGAGGCGUAUGGGCUACCAUAAAUUUAGAGUUUAAAUGAGCAACAGCUCAAGAAGUAUCGGAGGAAAAUUCACCAUGUAGAAACAUAUAAAAGCCAGCACUGAUGCAAUAUCAGUUAUUUGAAUCCAAAGAGAUGGACCUCAUAUGGUGUUGAGAUCAUGUUGCUUUUUAUUUUCUUUUUUCUUUGGGUCUGACCUUUGAUACAUAUUGUGGCGAUACCAUUGAUAUAAUGGUGGCACCAAAAUUUUACGAUAAACUUUGUUCAUAAUAGUUGAUAGUUGAUAGUUGAU